GCCGAACUCAACAGCACACAGCGGCAAUGGUGGAAUCGUCCGGCGAAGAAGAAACGCCCCUUCCAAAGGGCGCAAAGGGUAAGGCCCCGGCAAAUGCAAGGCAGCGCGUCGCCCAGAAGACCAGCGGCCCCCAGAAGUCGAAGAAGUCGCUCCCCGUGGCGUACAAGUCGCCCCAUGAGAAGAUGCAGCCCGACUCGCUGAUUGAUGCGGUCGUUCAAUGUGAUCACUGCCGGCAGAACAACAGAGACUGCCAGUACAAGGUCAGCAGGACCGGUUCGCUGCCUGGGCGUUGCGAGGGAUGCGCGAAGCAGCAGACCGCCUGCAGCCUCGCCCCGCGCUAUGUCAAUGGGCAAUCGCUCAGAAACACCAGUGCUGGGCAAAUGGCGCAGAAGUGGCGUGACUGGGCCAGGGCGCGGAAGGCGGCGGAUCUCCCGGUUCCGGAACUGGCGAUCCUCCACGAUGGACCCCAGGGCGCGGAGGACUGGGUCGUUGACCUUGAGACCUGGGACGGCAAGACUGCCACCGUGGCGAAGCAUCUGCAGGACUGGGUCGCCUAUCGCACCAAAAUGCGGCUGGCCGGGCGCCACAUCAAGGCCUUCAAGGCCAAGGACUUCAUCGACUUGACCGUCGAGAAGCAGGAUGGCGCGGAGCCGCCUGUCUUUGACUUGACAGGUGAGGCCCAGGAACCGACGGAGCCGCCCGUCGAUCCCAAGGACAACGACGUGGAGAUGUUGGAUCCCGGCGAGGGUGGUGAAGCAAACCCAAAUCAGGCGGACGCGAAGGAAGGAGCGGAUGGGAGGGAAGCAGCGGGGCUGACGGAAGGAGCGGGGCUGACGGAAGGAGCGGGUCCGACGGAAGGAGCGGGGCUGAUGGAAGGAGCGGGUCCGAUGGAAGGAGCGGGGCUCACCAAAGGAGCGGGUCCAGCCGAAGGAGCAGGGCUCACCGAAGGAGCGGGUCCGACCAAAGGAGCGCGGCCCACGGAAGCAGCGGGGCCCACGGAAGCAGCGGGGCCCACGGAAGGAGCGGGACCAACCGAAGCAGCGCCGGUCGAAGGAGCGGGCGGCAAGGUGGCCACUCCAGCCAAAGAAGCGGCACCUGGGGCCGGGCCGGUGGGCAAGGAAGUGGACUCCGUGGGCGAGGUCCCGAUGGACCUGGACAAGCCUGACCAGUUCCCCGGGUUCCAGGCACUCAACGAGCGCGAGGGCAGCGGAAGCGGCGUGCACGACGCUGAAGACCGGCGCAGUGCAGAGAGCGACAACCAGCUGGGGUCCACCACCUUGGACCCGAAGAUGAAGUGGAAGGAAGCGUACGUUAUCCUCGUCCAACUGCUCAGGGCAGAGAAGAAGGAUCGCGACGCGCUCGCCGCUCGCGUCGAAGUGCUCGAGCAGGCCAACGCCGCUCUUCAGCAGCGGGCCGUCAACGCUGAAGAGGACCUCAACUCGGCGAUGAGCGGGCUUGCGGAGUUGGACGAGGUAGUCGAGGGAGUCAAGGAAAGACUCGACGCCUAUUCCACUAGGGUGGAUGGGCAGGUCCGGCGAGUCGAGCGGCGGCUCGACGCUCAUUCCACCGGGUUGGGGGCGCUCACCUCGGAACAGGAGGGUAUGCGCAAGUACCUCAACACCCUCAGCACGCUCAAGGAGCGAAUGUCCGUGAUGUCGGAGUCGUUCAAGACUUCGAUGGAGGCAACGGUGAGGCGGGCUGAGGAGAUUGAUGAGCGCGCCCAGGAGCGGAUGCGCGCGUUGGAGACCAUGGUGCAGCAACAACGGCGGCACCCCACCAUGGUCGAGCAAGAAUGGCUGCAGAUCCCCGUGCAGGAGCGCGCGACGCGGGUCCAUAGGUACCUGCCAGAAAGCCUGGCGCCGCGAAUCCAACCGCCUACGAGGCCGGCGGGGACGCUUGUUCGACCUCCCCUCUCCCUUGCGCCGUUGAACUUCAACCCGGCCACGCCUCUUCCGCGCAAGACCCGUACGCCGACUGGUCCGCCGAUACCCGGUCCGUCAACGGCUGGUCCAAGCCGCCCAUCAGACGUUGGCAAGAGCCCGUUUGAGCCGUCUUCUGAGGACGAAGAGGACGACGAGGAUCAGCUGGCGCGAGGUGAAGCAAUGGACGAGUCUGACUAA